AUGGCCAACACUAAGAACGGCGAUACUCUCCAUGAGGUUGCGUGGCCGAUCGAUCCGAUGUACGACGUCAAGUUGGUGGAGCGAGGAGACGCAGUGACCGUCACCAUAUUCAACGAUAGCAAUGCUGCGCUGACGAUUCUCAACGGCAAAAUAUCGCCCCUAGCGUUGUGGAUAACCGUCGACCCCAUCCUACGAUUGAUCGAAAGGCAGAGCGAUAUAAUCGCGUCUUUAGGGCCCACCGUUCGACUGUACUUGCGCUGGAUCCCUGGACAUGGACACAAGAUUUUGCCGCACCAACGAGCCGACAAGUUGUCGCGGAUCUCCCGAGAACGUCAGCGGUCAUACUGGUAUGAGUAUGACAAUAACUAG